GCCAUCAAGUUUGUUUUGUUGUUCCGGUCUACCGAACCUGACUAGCUCCAGCAGCUCUGGUAGCAACUUGGGACCAGCCUCCGAGCCUUGUCAAAAUCAGCUCCGGUGCAAACAGCUCAGGCAUUUUAAUGCCAACAAGGUGUUUGGAGGGUUGUGCACUCAUUUCCUUCACAAGCAGAGCUCUGGGAUUUAAAACUGGGGUAUCCACCUCGUUUGAGUAUAUCCUGCUAACACUGGCUUCCACCUGUGACUUUUUGGUCACCAGAGGGGCCCCAGCAGAGCAAGGGCCCACACUGUAGCUCUAGGUCCCCUCUUUUCUGUGUGUGUGAGAGAGAACUUGUAUUGAGUCUGCUGGAGACUACCGGCUUGUCCAUCCCAAGAUGUCCUCCAUCUUGCCGUUCACCCCUCCAGUGGUGAAGAGGUUGUUGGGCUGGAAGAAGUCAACCAGCGGCCCCGGAGGAGCAGGAGGUGGAGAGCAGAACGGGCAGGAGGAGAAAUGGUACGAGAAGGCUGUGAAGAGCUUAGUAAAGAAGCUGAAGAAGACAGGCCAGCUAGAUGAGCUGGAGAAAGCUAUCACCACGCAGAACUGCAACACCAAGUGUGUCACCAUCCCCAGCAAUUGCUCUGAAAUAUGGGGACUGAGUACACCAAAUACGAUAGAACAGUGGGAUACAUCAGGCCUAUACAACUACCCUGACCAAACCAGAUCACUGGAUGGCCGCCUGCAGGUAUCCCACAGGAAGGGGCUUCCACACGUUAUCUACUGCCGCUUGUGGCGAUGGCCGGACCUUCACAGCCACCACGAGCUGCGUGCCAUCGAGGCCUGUGAGUAUGCCUUCCACCUCAAGAAGGAUGAGGUCUGCAUCAACCCCUACCACUACCAGCGGGUGGAGACCCCAGUGCUGCCUCCUGUUCUCGUGCCAAGACACUCAGACAUCUUGCCAGAGCUGCCACCUCUGGAUGACUACACUCAUUCCAUACCUGAGAACACAAACUUUCCAGCAGGAAUUGAACCCCCUAAUAACUAUAUACCAGAAACGCCUCCACCUGGCUACAUCAGCGAGGAUGGGGAGGCCAGCGAUCAACAGAUGAAUCAAAGUAUGGAAACAGGUUCUCCAGCAGAGCUUUCCCCCAGCACUCUGUCUCCUGUCAACCACAGCAUGGACCUGCAGCCAGUGACUUAUUCGGAGCCAGCCUUCUGGUGCUCUAUAGCCUACUACGAGCUGAACCAGCGUGUUGGUGAGACGUUCCACGCCUCCCAGCCCUCGCUGACUGUGGAUGGGUUUACGGAUCCAUCAAACUCUGAGCGUUUCUGCCUCGGUCUGCUGUCUAAUGUCAACAGGAAUGCCACUGUGGAGAUGACCCGGAGGCACAUAGGAAGAGGAGUUAGACUCUAUUACAUUGGAGGGGAAGUAUUUGCAGAGUGCCUGAGUGAUAGCGCCAUCUUUGUCCAAAGUCCAAACUGCAACCAGCGGUAUGGCUGGCAUCCCGCAACAGUGUGUAAAAUUCCUCCAGGAUGUAAUUUAAAAAUCUUCAACAACCAGGAAUUUGCAGCCCUGCUGGCUCAGUCCGUCAACCAGGGCUUUGAAGCUGUCUACCAGCUCACCAGGAUGUGCACCAUCCGCAUGAGCUUUGUCAAAGGCUGGGGGGCCGAGUACAGGCGGCAGACUGUCACAAGCACUCCUUGCUGGAUCGAGCUGCAUUUGAACGGACCCCUGCAGUGGCUGGACAAGGUUCUGACUCAGAUGGGUUCCCCGUCUGCUCGCUGCUCCAGUAUGUCCUAAACAGCUGAGGACAUGCCCCCAAAAACGCAGCCCCAUUACAUGUCAUUAAAUUCUAAACUUGUGAGUCCUUUCAUGAAAAAAACGGAAACCCCACAGAAUGACUUUUCUGUAACGUUCUUCAUAGUAUUUGUGGCCCAGUUCCACAUCCCUGUUUUAACUUUUCACACACAGACACACAAACAAAUGCACCCUCACUGUCACACACACACACACACACACACUUACACACACACACAGACAAACACACACAGACACACACACAGACUUCAGUAAAGAAUUUGGCACUUUUAUACCCAUCUAUGUCUUGCACCUUGUUAAAUUGCUUUCCCCAAAAUCCUUAAUAUUAGAUCUAUUUGUGGUACAAAUAAAAUGUAUAUUGGUUUUUAGUCCAGGAAGUAGGGGAAAUACCAAAAAUGUCUGUGAAUAAUUUCUCAGUACUGAAGAUUACUGGUAUGAGUAACAUGAGCUAAAUUGAUUUUGUUCCAGCCUUCCCCAACCAUUGUUCUGAACCCAAGUUUACUUUAGUCUGGGAAACUUUGACCCAUCUUUUGUCAGAGUGGCUUGGUGAAGAAUUGAUGGCCUUGUUGGCUGUUCUCCUCUGAAGGAAACGCCAGUGUUUAUGAAAUUUAAUGGAAUUGACUUUUGUUACACUUGGUAUGUCUUUAUAAGACACACCUAUUAACGGACAAAUAGGAAUGUUGGUAAAAAUUAUAACUCAAAAUCCCCAAACAACUAUAAGCCUGAUUGUGGCUGUAGUUUAUUUCUUUGUCAUUAUAUGGCUCUCUCUGUGUCCAUGGUUAAGUUGAUCCACAUCCCCACAGAACAGCCUGGUUAGGAAACUGAUGAGUUGUUGAGCAGGCUUUGUAGGAGCGCUGGGCAGGGACCAGAGAAUAUCAGCUGUUUUCGAAAGCUUUUUUCUCUUUGUGACACGACACUGGGAGCCCCGAGGCUCUCCGAGGUGGAGCAUUGAACGGCUCACCAGGAGAAAUUGAAGGUAUCAAUGAAAUCAUUCUGUUUUUAGCCUAUAUCCCCAUUGUUUUGCUACUUUUUUGUAUUCUCAUGUAUUUUUAUAUAUAAAUAUACUUAAGAUUUUCUGUCGUUCACUUUUUAUUACAGUAAUAUUUUCAAGACCACAGCUGUUUCUAAAAAUGACAUUGGAGGGCGUGGAUCAUUCCUUCGUUUUACCCAAAAUAUUCUGUUCAAAUACAUUUCUAAUUGCAGCUCUUAGUCUUGGUUAAAAAAAAAAUCACUGCCCCACAUGAUGUGUAGCCUGUUUCUAUCCUUGUUUUCCCAAAGAAAUCUGCUGCAUUUCAAGUUCUCAACAGGUUUGCCCCGAGACUCAGAAUCCACCUUGUAAUGGUUGAAAUGAUUCCAGAAGCAUGUAAAACUUUGUGAUGGCCAUUUAUUCAUCUCACUUCUCAAACAACACACGUGACCUCUUGUAGCCUUUUGGUGCUUAGUCAAGCGGGUUAAAGUCUACCAGAUAUAUUUGGAUUUGAAAAUGUUACAGAAACAUGGGAGACAGAACCAUUUCCUUCCGUGAGAAAAUAAGAGUGAAUGUGCCUGCACACGAGGACAUUCUGUGUUAAUGUGUGUAUUGUACUUGUUCUGUCUAUAAAAUACAGUAUGUACAAAGACAUAUUAGCUGAAACUCUGCCAUUUUUGUCAUUAUGUGGCUGUUGCGAGUUGAACAUGUUUCCCUCACUCCUCUUCUCUUGAUGUAAAUGUGUUUACCUUCUGGCACUAGCGAUUGUACUUAAAGUGCACCUAGUGGAGUUUGGAUCUGGGGAACUGAACCAUGCGUUAGGGUCCAGUGUUACAUUGUUUUUAUCUUUGGCCUACAACAUAUGAAUGUGAAAAAAUACAUUACAAAAACUGACGUGGACCAGACGUACAUAUACAUAACAGUAGUACAGUAUGUGUGUAUUUAACAGUAAUCUUUUUGCAAAGCAGUCAGUACAGUAGAUGUCGCAGUUGUUUUACCAGUAGAGGGCGGUAUUGAUAGAGCAGUUCUUUUUUUCUGACCAUAAGCUUCUCAGGCGUGUGGCAUAUUAUGCAGACUUCAUAAAACACUAAUAAAGAUUUUUAUUCUCAUGA